UUCUCGCAGUCUGUGGGCUAGCUGGGAGGCGGUGGAGGUCACCGCGGGGAGGCGGGGCGGGGGCAGCAUGGCAGCUUCCUUGCGGCUCCGAGGAGCCACCUCCGGCCUCCGGUACUGGAGCCACAGGCAGCGGCCGGCAGCAGCUAGCCUUGCAGCGGUGUGUUCUAGGUCAAUGGCUUCUAAGACUCCAGUUGGAUUCAUUGGACUGGGCAACAUGGGGAAUCCAAUGGCAAAAAACCUCAUGAAACAUGGUUAUCCGCUCAUUAUUUAUGAUGUAUUCCCUGAUGCAUGCAAAGAGUUUCAAGAGGCAGGUGAACAGGUAGUGUCUUCCCCAGCAGAUGUAGCUGAAAAGGCUGACAGGAUUAUUACAAUGCUGCCUACCAGUAUCAAUGCUGUAGAAGCUUAUUCUGGAACAAACGGAAUUCUAAAAAAAGUGAAGAAAGGCUCAUUAUUAAUAGAUUCCAGUACUAUUGAUCCUUCAGUUUCAAAAGAAUUGGCCAAAGAAGUUGAGAAAAUGGGAGCAGUUUUCAUGGAUGCCCCUGUUUCUGGUGGUGUGGGAGCUGCUCGGUCUGGGAACCUAACGUUUAUGGUAGGAGGAGUCGAAGAGGAAUUUGCUGCUGCCCAAGAGUUGCUGGGGUGCAUGGGCUCCAAUGUGGUGUAUUGUGGAGCUGUUGGGACCGGGCAGGCUGCAAAGAUCUGCAACAACAUGCUGUUAGCUAUUAGUAUGAUUGGAACCGCUGAAGCUAUGAAUCUUGGAAUCAGGUUAGGGCUUGACCCAAAACUAUUGGCUAAAAUCCUAAAUAUGAGUUCAGGACGGUGUUGGUCAAGCGACACUUAUAAUCCUGUUCCUGGAGUGAUGGAUGGAGUUCCCUCUGCUAAUAACUAUCAGGGUGGAUUUGGAACAACACUCAUGGCUAAGGAUCUGGGAUUGGCACAAGACUCUGCUACCAGCACAAAGAGCCCAAUCCUUCUGGGCAGUCUAGCCCAUCAGAUCUACAGAAUGAUGUGUGCAAAGGGCUAUUCCAAAAAAGACUUCUCAUCUGUGUUCCAGUUUCUACGGGAGGAGGAGAACUUCUGAACAUGCCCUUUGGCCAUGGACAUUGUUGGGAACCAGACUAUCUUGGAGCCACCUCCUAGCUCACUCCACAAGUAAAUGGGUUUAAUCAAAGGUCAUCAGUCUCUUUUGAUUAUCUGUGUUAAGUACUCCCUAGGAUUUUCCACCCAUUUUUAACUGCUUAUUCUUUUUGUCUAUUUAGCAAACAUAUUAUUGGGGGGAAAACAUUUUUUUUUUUUUCUGCUGGCCACUGAUGGUUUCCGCUAACUAGCUGAAUUAACCUUUUUAAAAAAGUUUGAUCUUUGAGUAUCUUCUACUAAAUCGUUGAAUACUUUGAACAGGAAAUUUACUUAGCAAAUAAAAUAAAAUAUUGCCAAAUGUUUUGUUAAUAGGAUGAAACCCAUCUUAAGGGAAAGAAAAGAAAUCGCUGUGAGGAAAGGAGUUAGAGAAAGGAAGUAUAGUGAAUUACUACCUGUGUUCCUCAGGAAGUUUGUCCUGUUAACCACGAGCUGGUAUCUUGCAUUCCUGAGGUUACAGAUUUAUUUUCCAGGGAGUUGAUAAAGCCAGAGGACUUGUUGCUGCUUGUUUUAUAAUUCGGACUCUGUUACAAUGUCUCAGUGUUCCCCUCUUGUCACAACUCCUAGUACUCAGCAGAUUUAUUUCUAUAUUUUUUUGCUUCUGUAUACAUUCUUAUUACAUAUUUUUUGACUUCAAAGAAUGAUAUCUUUAGACUGUUUCAGAGCCAAUGAUGAUAUUUGCUUUAGAAAUCAUUACAUUAUUCUAAAAAUAACCAUAUUAUUUUGAAUUUAAAUAAAUUUAUAUGCUGAUAAUAUC